CCCGGUGCGGGCGCCCCGCUCCCGCUCCCGCUGCCGCUCCGCUCCCGCUCCGAUAGCGCCAUGGACACAUAGCCGCGGCGCCACGCAGGAAGAUGCACAGUUCCAUCCCAAGCCUGGGCAGGGUGAUGGUGUUCCUCGCAGCAGCCCUGACAUCAGCCUCCUUUGGUAUCCCUGAAGACUGGGGAGAGGAAGGUGUGCAGUAUGGACAGCUGGGGACAGACGUGACCCUGUCAUGCCCUGGUGCCCGUGCCAGCUCAGCAGUGCGGUGGAGGCGAGCGGGCGCCGCGGCGCUGCCGGAGGGCUCGGUGAUCCAGCAGGGAUCGCUGGUGCUGCCCAGCGCCAGCCCGGCCCUCGGGGGCACGUACAGCUGCCACGGCGAGGACGGCAGCCUGCUGCACUCCGUGUCCCUGCGACUGGGGCACCUGCCUGGAGUUCCCUUUGUGUCGUGCAGAGCAUCUGACUAUGAGAAUUUCUCUUGCUCCUGGACCUCCAGUGUGGAGACCUUCCUUCCCACCAGAUAUAUCACCACAUACAGGAAGAAAUCCCUGACAGGCGAAGAAAAGCGGAGGAACAAGAACGGGCACGUGGGGCUGUGCGUGCAGGAUCCGUCCCGCCCCAGCACCUGCACCGUGCACAGGUCAGAGUUCUGGAGCUCCUACCGCCUGAACAUCACCGAGGUGAACCCCCUGGGCUUCAGCUACCGCCUCCUUGAUGUCACCAUGCAGGCCAUCAUUAAGCCAGACCCUCCAGAGGGCUUGGUGGUGGAGCCCAUUCCUCUGGCCCCACGGCGGCUCCAUGUGAGCUGGAAGUACCCUUCCUCCUGGCCAAAGGAGCCCCACUUCCAGCUGAGGUUUCGGCUCCAGUACCGACCCAUCAUCCACCGUUCCUGGUCCGUGGUAGAGACGGUGAAUCUGUCUGAAGUUAUCACGGAUGCCUUCGCCGGGCUGGAGCACGUGGUGCAAGUCAGUGCCAAAGAUUUCCUGGAUGCGGGGAAUUGGAGCGAUUGGAGUGCUGAGGCCCGGGCAACGCCAGUCAAAGACCUGGCCUCCACAGCAAGAGAAGAAACCACUACAGAUGCCAGACUGGAGAGUCUGGCUGAGGAGCCCUCCCAGGCUCCCAACCCUGAGCCCAUCAAUGGCAGUGACCCCUUGGAGAAGAUGGCCGUCCUGGUGUCCCUUGGGAUCUUUGCCUUCUUCAUCCUGGCUGCUGUUCUUGUCAUCACCAUCCUCAUCUGGCUCCGGGUAAGGAAACACAGCAAGGACAAGACCAAAUCCAGCUUUUUGGUUGCUGCCACCCACUUGAAGGCACUACCAAAAGCUCAGAUCCUGUAGUGAGCCCUGGCCGAUCCCUGCUCCCUGCACCCGCUUGCCCACGCGUGGGACUUGAUGCCACUGCUGGCCCCCAAGGACCCCGCGCCUGCCGGGUCACCCCACAGCUGUGGACAUUGCCGGAGCCCCCAGCACCCCGGGGUUGCAGGAUGGAUCCCAAGGAGAGAGGCUCUGCUCUCGGGAGCAUUGGACUGCCUGAGCCCACCAGGAGCCAGCUGGAGUCACUUCAGGCUCAGGGUGACAGGCCAGCUCCACCUCAGAGCGCUGCUAAACCAAUGGGGAUAAGAGACUGAGCCAGCCCCACUGCACUGCCCUGUGCUGAGGGGGACCGUGGGUGUAGGCUCCGGGGGUGCCAGGCAUCAGUGGGGUGCUGCUCCCUGCCUGUCACCCCCCACCAGCCGCCAGCAGGCAGAAGAGAACACCCCCUGCCCCUUCCCUCUGCCUCAACCCCCAUGCUGUGGCUGGACGGAGCAGAGAUGCCAAUAAAGGGGAUAUGCCAAUGCUAUCAUUGGCACUGUCCAGGCAAAACCCCUGUGCAGGUGAUGCUGGGCCAAAGGGGGGGUGAGUGCCAGCUUGGGAAUGGUGCUUGCAGGAGGUGCACAGGCAGCAGGGCUGCCUCCCAAACUGUUCAGCCCUGUCCCCAGGUGCCUGCAGGGACUGAGAGACACCCAUGCUGAGGCUGAGUGCCAGAAGGGGAUGCAGACAGGCAGCUGGGUGGGACAUCUCCCCUGCCCUCACCAGCAUGACAGCUGAGACAGGACCCUCUGCACAGCCCCCUUGCUCUGCAUGUGGCCCCCUUGCUGCACCUCGACCCAGCCCCUCUAAUGUUUUCCAUGUGUUGGCACCUCCAGACCCCGGUGCUCUGUGCCAACAGCCCAACGAGAUCCAGAUGGAGCUGGGGGAAGUUCAGACAGCAGCAAUGUGUGGAGCAGGGGGAGCAGAGCCAGUGCAGGAUGGGGACCCACCUGGGUUCUGGGGCUGCCUGUGGACCCACGGUGCAGAGGGAGCCUGGACUGGGGCAGCCACAAAGGGUCCUUAUGUGGGCUGUGUUGGAGGGAGCUGAGGCGGGCUGUGCCUUUCGCAGUGUGUUG